AUGCUGACCGAAUUCGACAAAACAUGUGGCUGCAUCGGUCUUCAGCUAGAUAUGAAAAAGACGAUGUUCAUGCGAAACGGAUGGGUCUCGUAUCCAUUAUUUACGCUCAACGGAGCGACCAUAUCCGAAUGCACCAGCUACAUAUGUCUGGAUCGGGAAACGAACAUGAAGAACGACCAAGUCCCCGAGCCGGACAGGAGGAAACGAGCAGCUUGGGGAGCUUUUAAAAGCAUCAAGGAUGUAGUGAAGGAGACCCGCCUCCGUGCUCACCUCUUUGACACCACCGUGGUUCCUGCUUUGGCCUGUGUUUCAGAAUCUUGGGCGCUUCGUAUGCAGGAAGAAAAUGGGCGUAGUUGA